ACAAAUCCGUCUCCUUUCCCAACACCCCUUACGUCUCAAAUGUGUGGAGCAGCUGAGAGAGAAAACAAUGCAAUUGUGACCAAAAGUUUGCAAGUUGAUGGCUAAGUUUUAUUCUAAACAAUCUUCCGCGAUGUCGACACUGGACAGCUAAUGGCGAGGAACUGGAAGUAUCUAAUUUUCAAGCGAUAGGAUUCAAAAGGAGGAAAGUCUGUCCGCGUCAAAUUUCGUGCGCUAGCCAACGCUGCUCACACAUCACUCCUCACGAGGGUCUUGAGGAACAAAGAAAACCUGCUGAGGAGAAGCAAAAAUGUCUGUGAGAAACAACGAGGAAUCUUUGACUGAGCUGAUCAGCACGCAAGACUUGCAAGAUUUGGAAAAUUGCUUCGAAGAUGAGAGCAGUCUCAACUUUGACCGUGUGUUUGAGCAAUUGCCUUCCGUUUAUGAAGCCAAACUCAUUUCAAACAAUACUUCAGACAAGGAUCCUUUAAUUCUAGAAGGGAAUUCAAAUUUUGAAAUACACCAAACAGUGAGUUUAGAUGAAAUUCACAUGCGAAUCCAGUCCCAAGAGCUAACAGAAGAGCCUUCACAUGCAACUAUUACUAUCGAGUCCACCGAUCCAGACACAAGGGAGAGCGAAAUUAAAAGAUAUCACUGUGAUUAUGAGGGGUGUGAUCGGACUUACAGUACUGCUGGAAAUCUAAGGACCCAUAUGAAGAGACACUUGGGUGAAUAUAGAUUCAAGUGCUCUGAACCAAACUGUGGGAAAGCAUUUCUGACCUCCUACAGUUUGAAAAUUCACAUACGAGUGCACACCAAAGUGAAACCCUUCCAAUGCACACAGAAUGGCUGUGAAAAAGCCUUCAAUACACUUUAUAGACUUCGAGCCCAUGAACGACUUCACACUGGAAAUACCUUUAACUGCAAGCAAAAGGGAUGCUUGAAAUAUUUUACAACGUACAGUGACCUCAAGAAACAUGUCAGAACCCACACCAAAGAAAAACCUUUCAAAUGCUAUGAAGACGGUUGCGAGAAGUCUUUCACUGCAAGCCACCACUUGAAAACACACAGGCGAACUCACACGGGUGAAAAACCAUACUCAUGCCCUGCAGAUGAUUGUUCGCGUACUUUUUCUACCUCACACAGCCUCAAAUCGCACACCAAACGCCAUAUAAAUCAAGCUGCCAAACGGAAAAGAGCUUCCAAUGGAAACGAAUCCGACGAGGAAGACGCGCCUAACUCACACACAAAUGAUGAAAAUGGUGUUGACCCUACGACCUUGCCUUCAGAGGAUGGCUCCAUUCAAGCCUAUGCAAUUAUUCCACUGACCGAAAAGAAUAUACAAGCUAUAUCAUCCCAUGGUCUGAUGACACUCGAAGGCUACCUUAGUAACAGCAGUGAAGUAAAAUUGCAACAGGAGAUACCUGAAAAUGCUGCCAAAAUUCUGCUUCAAUUGAAAAGUGGCCAAGAACUGCCUGCUGUUGAAAAGGCUACAAUUUCUGUGGAGACUUCUCAGCUGAGCAACUGGAGCUUUUUCGAAAACCAAACCCAAAUUAUCCAGACAGCUGCUGAGCCUGUUGACAAUAACCCUAAGCAGAGUACAUGCAAUGAGAACUCCCUAAAGGACAUUACUGCUGAUGCUGACAUUUGCCGAUGCAACCCAUGUCGCUGUCACGAAAUGACCACGGACUGUCGCGGCUGCUCGAACGAGCUUCUUCGUCUGGUCAACAGCUCCUUGGACGCGUCGAGUCAAGAUCAGGUAAAAGAAACGUGUACCGACAUGUUGGAUGAAAAUCCACUCUCGGUUAUUAAUUCGUUGUGCGUGACUGAAGAGAAAGAGGACGAGGACUUUUGUGAUCUGCCGUCGAUCCCGUCCCAGUUCAGUAUUUCCGAAAAUACUAUGGGAAACUUUGUGGCUCUUAGCUCGGACAGCAUCUUAGAAGGUGAAGGUCAAUUAAUUGCCAGCAGCACCGCUCUGCUGAAUGCCGAACCAGCAGAAGAUUCGUUCAACAACAGUCAGCCAGAAAACGAUCCUCUCGAUAUGGAAGAGAAUGGAAAUGACGUCGUCUUCACUCCUGCGCCGUUGACUGAGGCGGAGUCGUCGCCUGGAAUAGCAGUUCCGGUCUCUUUCAACGCCAGCACUGGCAACUUUGAGUGCAUCAAGGCGUCCGGGCCGCAGCACAGUAUAGCCAAAGUCUGGAGAGGAACCGAGGCCACUGAGGCCAACGGGUGUCCAUGUGGUGGGAACAAAGGAAAGUCGCCGUGCUGUGUGGUUGUGUGCCUGAAAACGUUGAAGCAAAUCAAGAAGGCUGUCAAGCAGGGCUGCUGCAUCCUGAAGCAAACAGAGCCUGGGGGGAAAGAAGUGCCAACAACGUCUUCCGAGACAAUCACCGAGCAAAACCAAUUGAAUGGAAACGUUCCAGUCGAGCCGCAGCAAGCAAACGUCACAAAUAGACAAGAUUCAUUUUUAGAAUUUGUCGAAAUUUUAGAUCUUCCAAACUCGGUUUUCUCUCUGGACAUAGAAGAGGACGUAGAGGAGAACCACUUUUGAUUUUGUUAGUUAUUCUUGUCAAAAAUUUUUAUUUGUGAAAUUAACGAAAUUGACCUGAAAUUUAGUCUUGCCACUGUAUGUGUUGAUGUGGGCGUUAUUGAUUAUUUGUUAAUAUUUGUGGCAAUCAGAGUAAUUGGUGCAAUUCGCGCAAAUUUUCCUUUUGCAUUUCGUGAAAGAUUGCCACCGCUUGUUGAUAGUUUUCUAACGUAUCUUUGCUUAUUAUCUUGCUUUAUCGUCGCCAACUUGUAGAUCGAGAGUUUGUUGAUACAA